GGAGGGGCCGGGGCCGGAUGAGGAGACGCUGAGGGGAAGUCUGGUGGCUGCCGCCCAGAGCCACCCCAGCAGCCGCCGCCGCCCGAGCAGCGGGGAGCCCGGGCCCCGCGGCCGCCAUGGGGAACCGGGGCAUGGAGGACCUGAUCCCGCUGGUGAACAAGCUGCAGGACGCGUUCAGCUCCAUCGGGCAGAGCUGCCACCUCGACCUGCCGCAGAUCGCCGUGGUGGGCGGCCAGAGCGCCGGCAAGAGCUCCGUGCUCGAGAACUUCGUGGGCCGAGACUUUCUUCCCCGUGGGUCUGGAAUUGUCACCCGACGUCCUCUUAUUCUUCAGCUAAUCUUCUCAAAAACAGAAUAUGCUGAGUUUUUGCACUGCAAAUCCAAAAAGUUCACGGAUUUUGACGAGGUUCGGCAGGAGAUCGAAGCAGAGACAGACCGGGUCACAGGAACCAAUAAAGGAAUCUCUCCUGUUCCCAUCAACCUGAGGGUAUAUUCACCACAUGUACUGAAUCUGACGUUGAUCGACCUUCCGGGUAUCACCAAGGUGCCGGUGGGAGACCAGCCCCAAGAUAUUGAGUACCAGAUCAAGGACAUGAUCUUGCAGUUUAUCAGCCGAGAAAGCAGCCUGAUUCUUGCAGUGACUCCAGCCAACAUGGAUUUGGCAAACUCAGAUGCUCUUAAAAUGGCUAAAGAAGUAGAUCCUCAAGGGCUACGGACAAUUGGUGUGAUCACCAAACUAGACCUGAUGGAUGAGGGCACCGAUGCCAGAGACAUCCUGGAGAACAAACUGCUUCCUUUAAGAAGAGGCUACAUUGGCGUUGUUAACCGGAGCCAGAAGGAUAUAGAAGGCAAGAAGGACAUCAGAGCAGCGCUGGCCGCAGAGCGGAAGUUCUUCCUUUCUCACCCAGCCUACAGGCACAUAGCAGAUCGAAUGGGCACACCUCACUUACAGAAAGUCCUCAACCAGCAACUGACCAACCACAUCCGUGAGACCCUGCCCUCACUGCGCAGCAAGCUGCAGAGUCAGCUGCUCUCCCUGGAGAAGGAAGUGGAGGAAUACAAGAACUUCCGCCCUGACGACCCCACACGGAAAACCAAAGCCUUGCUACAGAUGGUCCAGCAGUUUGGGGUGGACUUUGAGAAGCGGAUUGAAGGCUCAGGAGAUCAAGUGGACACACUAGAACUCUCUGGUGGUGCCAGAAUUAAUCGCAUCUUCCACGAGAGAUUCCCCUUCGAGCUGGUGAAGAUGGAAUUUGAUGAAAAGGACUUGAGGCGAGAAAUUAGCUAUGCAAUUAAAAACAUCCAUGGCAUAAGGACGGGGCUUUUCACACCAGACUUGGCAUUCGAGGCCAUUGUGAAAAAGCAGGUGGUGAAGCUGAAAGAGCCUUGUCUGAAGUGUGUCGACCUGGUUAUUCAGGAGUUAAUCAAUACAGUUAGACAGUGUACCAGUAAGCUUGGCUCCUACCCCAAAUUACGAGAGGAGACCGAGAGGAUUGUUACCACUUACAUCAGGGAACGGGAAGGAAAAACAAAGGACCAGAUUCUCCUGUUGAUCGACAUUGAGCUCUCUUAUAUCAACACUAACCAUGAAGACUUCAUUGGAUUUGCCAAUGCCCAGCAGAGGAGCACCCAGCUGAACAAGAAAAGAGCCAUCCCAAAUCAGGGUGAGAUAUUGGGCUUCUUCCUUCCCUCCACCAGAAAAUCUGUAAUCCGCAGGGGCUGGCUGACGAUUAACAACAUCAGCAUAAUGAAAGGAGGCUCCAAGGAGUACUGGUUCGUGCUGACUGCAGAGUCUUUGUCCUGGUACAAAGAUGAGGAGGAAAAGGAGAAGAAAUACAUGUUGCCCCUGGAUAAUCUGAAAAUCCGGGAUGUGGAGAAGGGCUUCAUGUCUAACAAACACGUCUUUGCCAUCUUCAACACAGAGCAAAGGAAUGUGUAUAAAGAUCUCCGUCAGAUUGAGCUGGCCUGUGACUCCCAGGAAGAUGUGGACAGCUGGAAAGCCUCCUUCCUCCGGGCUGGUGUUUAUCCAGAGAAAGAUCAAGUGGAGAAUGAGGACGGGGCCCAAGAGAACACCUUCUCCAUGGACCCGCAGCUGGAGCGCCAGGUGGAGACCAUCCGCAACCUUGUCGACUCCUACGUGGGAAUCAUCAACAAGUCCAUCCGAGACCUCAUGCCAAAGACCAUAAUGCACCUCAUGAUAAACAAUACCAAGGAUUUCAUCCACUCGGAGCUGCUGGCCUACCUGUACUCAUCCGCAGACCAGAACAGCCUGAUGGAGGAGUCGGCCGACCAGGCGCAGAGGAGGGACGACAUGCUGCGGAUGUACCAUGCUCUGAAGGAGGCCUUGCACAUCAUCGGGGACAUCAGCACCAGUACGGUCUCCACGCCGGUCCCGCCGCCCGUGGAUGACGCAUGGCUGCAGAGUGGGAGCAGCCCGACGCCCCAGCGCAGACCUACCUCCACCGUGCUGCCGCCGGGCAGGCCCCCAGCUGUGAGGGGCCCAACUCCGGGGCCCCCUUUGAUCCCUGCCCCUACAGGGAGUCUCUCUUCCUUCGUGGCUCCCCCCAUCCCCUCGCGUCCUGGACCUCAGAACGUAUUUGCUGCUAAUAACGAUCCCUUCUCAGCCCCUCCUCAGAUUCCAUCGCGGCCGGCACGCAUUCCACCUGGCAUUCCCCCGGGCGUGCCCAGGCGACCGGCUCCCUCCGCUCCCUCCCGGCCUUUCUUCAGAUGAGCCACCUCUUCUGAGACCCAUCGCUGCCCCCCCAAUCAUUUUAACCCAUUUGAACCUGCUCCUGGGGAUUUUGCUUUGUUUCUAUCUAGACAACAGCCUGCUCCAGCCAGAGGAGAGAACCUAGCGCCAUCUCUGUCCCCCUAAAGUGCCAAGAGGGGCUGCGGCCUGGCUGUUGUGCUGGGAACAAAGCAUGGUGAAUGCUACAGUCUGUGCAAGAGAUGUAACGCUCCUGUCAGCCCCCCCCAGCAGAAUACUCCCUCCCCCUGGAAAUCAGACUCAGGGAGCGGAUCCUCCUCUGGUAAAACCAUGAGAUCAUGGCGUUGGACUGGGCUUGCUCAGGAUGAACCCCGGCUGCCAUUUUCUUCUUCCCUCAGUCAUGGCGAACGCUUUGUGAUCGAACUGAAAACGAACACGGCUGGGCCCUCCGAGCUUGGAAGUGGCCCCAGCUAACGGUGACUUGCUGCGGUUUCUAAACAGCAGUUUCCUUACCGCCCUCACCCUACCAACUUCAGGGCCCAACGUUGCAUUGAUGAAAAGGGAGUUUUGUCCCAUUAUUUCUUCACCUCCUGCGGGACCUUGGCUGCCUCCUAGCCCCACCCUCGCUACUCCAGCUGGGCAGUGAUCUAUAGAAACAGGCUGCUGAGGAUUUACCCCCUUCCCUCCCCUGUCUCGAGUGAACCUGCCCAGCCAGCCCCUCCCUCCAUGCCGGGUUAGACAGGGCAGAAGCACCAGCCCCAAGCAGCUGUUUACCAGCUGAACUUUAAGUGCAUUUAGUAGUGGAGCGGGGUCCUUAUUGAACACUGUGGUUCUUGCUUCUAUUUAUAAGCCAUAGUUCCCACCCCCCUGUUCCCUGAAAGCAACAUUAGCGGGGAGGGUAUUUUUCAGACCGUUCUUUCUUACGUGCCUGCUAAUGCUGGGAAGUUGGUGAAGAGGCUCAGUUCUCCCGGUUCCGCGUGGUCACUGAAACACCAUUUCCCCCCUCCUGGGGAGCAGAAACUGGGCAGGAAGCAGCAGAGAGACCCCCCGAAACAGCGGGAAGUGGGAUUCCUAGUCACACACUCGCAUGCGUCUCCCUGCAGCUUAGGGCUAGCGCCGGAGCAGGGAGAAAGGCCGGGUUCUGUCCUCCGCUCUCGAGCUCAGUGGCAUUUGCCCAUUUCAGUCCUUUCCACUGCGUUUAGGUAAAUGGGCUUUGGACCCUUCCUGUCACUCGCGCCCCCCCCCCCCGCCCCGAACCUUUCAGGCAGGUGGAUAUUAGAGACCUCGGCACUGGCCCCGUGGGACUCCAGGCCAGCAAGGGUGUUGGCUAAACACAGCCAGGGAGCUAGCCUUGUAGACCUUCGGUCAGCAGAUGCCAAAGUGUAGAACAUGCCCCCCCCGGGAGGCCUGAUGGAUGAGCUGCAGGAGGGGGCUCGGCCUGGCCUGUCGUUUCUUCUCCAGGCCGUGCUGCCCUUUAAAAACCAGCCCCCGCUGUUCUGGUGACAAAGCAAAGCUUCAAGGCGGGAGCUGAGAGUAUCUGCUGUGCCAAAGACAUUUCCUGAGGGGGCAGAGUCUGAACCAAGAGCUCAGCGGUUCAGCCGAGACAGACCCCAAAGCCAGUGAUGUCAACGGUCCCUGCCCAAAGCUUUGUAACAAAGGAGAGGACGUAUUUUCUUAGGAAGAGCUAUUCUGAGCCCAAAACUGGGAUGGGACCUACACCGGAUAUGGCAGCAGAGCACCAAUUGCUUUCAUGUUCCUGGAGCAGGGGACUCAGCGGUCACGAGCAGGAGCCAAUGCUGCCCUAAUUCAGCUGUUUAACAGACGGCCUCGCAGGCAGGCAGCGCUUCAGAAGCGUUCUGGUAGCACCAUGCGGGGCAGCGAGGCCAGAACCUAGCAUGGGUAAAAGGCAGUGGACAGAUGGGUGCAAUAAGAUGGUCACGAAGUUAUCCUCGCUCCCUCCUUUGAGCAGAAGAAGCCACAGACCUUCAGUGAACAUCAGAGCAAAUACAGAUUUAACCGGAGCAAGGGGCCAGCCCCACACCUGCCCUUCACUCAAUUCCGUUGUCAUACUGGGCCAGCCGUGUGAACUGACCCCACAACCUCCGGUGAGUUCCAGGCCGCACCUCUGUUAGCUCAAGGGCUGUAGCAGACUCGAACUACCUAAUGCAGCCACUAAUUCCCGUGUCACCCUGCAGCCGUACGGGGUCACCGAUCAACAGCAGAGCUCGCGAACUGCUCUGCUUCGCUCUACCCCGCUGUCGGUACCUGCAAGGAGCCAGCAGUGUCCCCUCCAGCCCAGUGGCUCGCCGGCCAGAUGCCCCGUGGUGCCCUCUGUACAAGGUGUGUGUAAAGAGGACAGCGUGACCCACCUCUGUAUAAUUCUUCCCCCUCCCACAAUAAAAAAUCCUGGAUCACAGGGCCAGUGUUUCAUGAAUGUCAUUAGCAAAGGCUGGGCUAGGUGCAUGGCCCUGUACAGUGCUCAGGGUGCGAGCAGUGAUCGACAGUGGAACAGUAUAGCCUCACUCCUCCACUGCCCCCUGGGGAAAGCAGGCUGGCCCCCUGCCUUGCCCUCAUUCACCCUGGAGCUGGUGCCAGGGGGGAGCAGCUCCCAGCUGCGAUUCUGCUCAGAAAAGUGACUAAAAAGACCAUCAGGGCAUUGCAGAGCCUGGCCCAGAUUGGCCGAGAACAGUGAUGUCUAAGCCCUCAUCGCUGUUCUGUCUGUCACAUGCUCACAGCGAGUGCCACAGCCACUCAACUGCAACAUUGCCGGGGCACGUUCUAGACCGCGCUGGUCAGAACCCUCUGGACCGUGGUGAAAACUGGAGAAGGAAAUAGGGGGGCACAAGGGACAUGGAGCCCCGGGCAUCUGCUGAGUAGAACUAGCAGCUUCAACCACCUCUUCGCCUGCCCAACCUUCCAGCCCGCUCAUCCCUCCCCUUUGAGCUUGGUUCGUAUUCCCAGUGGUUUGAAGAUGCUGACAUCCUGACAGGAGGGAUGAAUGGUGGGGUGGAACGGGGGAGAAUGGGUGGCUGGUGUGGCAAUGGGGGAACACAGCUCCUGCAAUGCAGUGAAGGAGCAAAUGGACUGGGCCAGGCAGAUGGGGGAAUUGCCAGACAGAGCCCCAGGCAGGGCUGAAGAGGUGGGAGGCUGUAGGGGGCCCCACCCUAGGAAGGGAAGGGGAGGGGUUUAAGUGCCAGCUCUUGAGUCCUGAGCCAGCAGCAUCCCCUGUCCCUUCUCACUGGGCAGGUGGGCAACCUUACCGCCAUCGACAGGCAUGCUGCAGCCCUUUCACCAACCCUCGUGCAGGCGGGGAGCGAACCCUCCUUGGCACAGGAGUAAAUUGCACAGAUGCAACUGCAGUUGGUCUCAGCUGCAUCCCGCCCCUGGACAAGGCCUCAUCCAUUCAUGGUUUUACUCCCAGCUGCUGCUGACCGCAGAGUGAGCUGGAGUCUGAGCACUGGCAGGAGCCUUUCAAGGACAGCUGCUCUUCCUACAUCGCAAAGCCCCCCUUCAGGGACCCUGCCACCGCAGCUGCCCCUAACACCACCCCAGGAAGGGCUGGGCUCAGGCAGUUGAGUUUUAAUGCUCGGAUCUCACCCUUUCUAGGACAGCUUUGGAUUCCCCUCGAGUCAGACCCACCCCUGAGUGAUACAUUUGCAGAGCGACCGAGCAAUCACGGUUAGGAGGGACGUGUGCUCGGUGUCUAUGAAAACCAGCCCCUCGUGCCAGGGAAUUAAUCAAAAGAAACCGGAUCCUUAUGGCACCUUUGAUGUGAUUUGCUUUUGACUCUAGUAGGCGGGGGCAGUAGAGCGUACCGUGCCCUUGCCCCGGCUGCAGAGGGUGGGAAGUUAGAAGCCAAGGUGACCUGCUGCAGCCGAUACACGCCCACCCCCUUUCACUCACCGUUACCAGCUCUUUAUUGCUGCAGAAUUCCCUCACGCGUGCAUUCGCCAUCAGGUAUCACCUAGCGCCUGCUUUCAUACCAUGCGUGGCCAGGGAUCCAUGGCAGGCCCACUCAGAGGCUGUUUCUGCUCCCCCUGGGGCAGGACAAAGCCCACCCCAUAAUGGAGUCAUUCCCUUCCGCCAAACCCUAGAGAAAGCAUCCAAACACUGGCUUGGGACAGCAGAAAGUGAGCUGGUUGGCAGGGCUGGGGGGAUGCAGGCUGCUACAGGGAGCGGGAGCAGAGAGUAGCAAAAGGGGCUCUCACCAAUUUACCAGUUGUGUCAAACAAAGCAAGGAGUCAUACUUAAUAAAGCUCUCCAAGAAAAGUCAACGUCCCAGAAAGAGGAGUGCCCUAGCUCUAUUGGGAGACGUCCGUGUCUGCCGGGUUAUCACAGCAGACUCGUGGCCUGCUAUUAGGAAUAGAACAGGAGAGCUGCUGUCUUAGCCCCUCGAGAACAAGCCGCUCUGGACAGUCGAAAGGUUCUGCGGAGGAGAGUCAGGUCCCUGUUACAUAAUAAGCAGGAAUUCAGAUUCUUUCUGUCUUCUGGACAGUGCACAGAGUUACAAACCAGCUUGUCCAGUGUCAGUCUGGCGGCUCUAACCUUGGGGAAUGCAGGGGUCUCUAAGAGGCCCUGAAUUCUCAGUCCUGCCAGAACACAUGGCGCUGUAUCAUUCAGCUGCCACUGAGAUGCGCACUUCCAUGCCCAGUAACAAUUUAGCCACUGAAGGCAGUUUUCCUUUGGAAAGAUGGAUCAUGUUCUCUGCAUGGUUCCACGUGCAGUUUAGGCUACAGAUGAUGGGAGUUUGGUUGUCUCAGAUGUUAGAACUCACCCUACAAUCAGCAGCAGCGGGGGGAGCGCACGCCCAAUACGGAUUCACAAUGACACAUCUUAAACAACUUCAUUUAAUGUCCUUUCUUUCGUAACGUCAAGAAUAAAUACCAGAUUCCUUUGUAAAAGGCUCCGCAAUAUGUAUUUGCUAGAGAGAAUGGCUCCAUAGCCCUUUGGUCAUUUUAAAAAAACCCAUCACAAUCAGUGCCCCACAUGCAGACAUGUCAUGUGUUACUGACGAGACAGGCUGCAGCUUCCACUACGCAGCAAACAAUCCCUGCGCAAGCGUCGGCUCAGAACUUCACUGGGUUGUCACAAUACCUGCAGGGGGAAGUCGAAGGAAAAGGGUCCCCAGUGUCAAGUCUGAUCAGUCUCAGUUUCUCUGCUCAAAGCUGGAGUCAGCCCCGGCCAAAGCGCAGAGAAGGGGCACAACGGACAUGAAACAGAAGUUGACAGCCCUUGGCAGGUUCCAGGCUGCUAUUCAUACACCUCUCUCCAGAGUCUUGGUGAGAUCAGCCACUUGUGCUGUAUGCAGCAAGUUAAAAAAAUUCCAAGCCAGGUCCGUGUCUGCAGGAGAUUCUGGAAUCACCCACCACCCAGGCCCCCUAGACAUAAUGGUGGCAGAGCGGAUCAGAGCACCCGCCUGUGACAGGGCAAAGCAGGCACCGUCAUGGAGUGUCUCCAGGCACCUUGGCUGUCACACAACAGGUGGUGAUGGGGAGAUCAGGACUAUUUUCCCAGCGGGGGUGGUGUGAGGAGGGCACAUUGGCACAUACUAUGGUAACAAAGCAACACCAGUGGCCUCAUCAGGCAGUAGCAGCCCCUCCUUAGAGUCAGUCUUGAGGAGAGGGGGUUGGAUCAGCCACCCCCAGGAACCCAGCUGUCCUAGGCAGAUCCCACUAACACUUCCUUUCCCUUUCUCCAAACGUGUCUCAGUGCUGGCCUGGAGAGGCCUGCUCUCCCUGACCCUCUCACCCUUAGCCCCUCUGCUACAGCAGAGAAUGGGGCUAUUGACAGUGAUGGCUGGCGGUGCAGAUCGUUGCCCACAGACCAGCAAAUACAUUGAAUCCUUAAUGACUCUGCAUCUCUGGCUCUCAGCGCUCCAGAUUCCAUCAGCCCGGAACUACCCGGUGAUAUGGAAUCUUGCCAACCCGCCCAUGCCCUCAGGAGUCACUGUCUACAGCUUGUCCUGUUGACUGGAAGCAAUUCCCCACACCCCUGCUGCUGCCUCGGGGCGCCCCCCCCCC